UUUUUGUCGUAAAUUUAUAUUAUUUUAUAUCACAUUUAUAUUAUUUUAUAUGUAUCAAUUAUAUUUAUUAUUCUUCAUGCAUUUAUGUUGUAAAAUAAAUGCGUUUUUUCUAAGCAUGAUACAACAUCAAAAGGAGAACAUAUGAAUAUGAGAGAUUUUAAAAACGUUUGACUAUACAAUCUAUUAAUGCUAUUUAUUUUACUCACACUAGAACAAUUGUUAUAUGUACGUGUGAAAAAGCUAUAUAUAAAUAUGAGUUUAUACAUCGAUACGAUAAACGCAUUGAGUGAUAGAGAUAAUGUUUCUUGCAUGUACCUUUUAAUUCAUAUUUUGUCCAUAUUUGUUGCUGAUCACAUGCUUCGAGCGAAAAUUGAUUGAACGAUCUUAAAACAUGGCGCAGAGUGUUAAUAAAAAAGUAUGCAUAGUUGGCGCAGGCGCAGCUGGCUUAUGCGCGGCUAGACAUUUGGCGGGAGAUACAAAUAUCGAAAUGACGGUAUUUGAGCAAACUGGUGACGUUGGUGGUACUUGGGUAUAUAACGAUAGAAUUGGUUUAGAUGAAAAUGGUUUACCAAUUCAUUCGAGCAUGUAUAAAAAUUUAAGAACAAAUUUACCAGCAAGAAUUAUGAAUUUUCCUGAUUAUAUGAGAAUGAAUGCGCAGGAACCAUGUUGUAUAUCUCACAAUGAAAUUUUAUCUUAUUUACGUAAUUACAUGGAACAUUUUCAACUACGUAGGUACAUACAGUUUUACAUAAAAGUUGAAAAUAUACGUCCAAUUAAGUUGGAUAAUAGCAACGAAGAGAAAUAGUUGGUACGUGUUAAACAAUUAAAUACUCAACGUACGGAGGAGUAUCGAUUCGACGCAGUUAUGAUUUGUAAUGGACAUUAUUUCGAACCAUAUAUACCAGCUAUAAAAGGUAUGGACACUUUUCCAGGUAUAGUAAUGCAUAGCCAUUCAUACAGAAAACCAGAAGAAUUUAAAGAUAAAAUUGUAUUAAUUUUGGGUGCUGCAUCUUCUGGUAUCGAUAUUGGAAUCGAUUUAACUGAUCAUUCCUCUAUCGUUUACCUAAGUCAUAAUCAAGAGAGAUUCACGAGCGUAUUCCCAUCUAACAUGAUACAAGUCGUUGGAGUUGAUAGAUUGGAGGGAACGAAAUGUUUCCUAAAAGAUGGAACUUCUGUUACCAUUGACGUAUUUCUUUAUUGUACUGGAUAUCAAUAUAGUUUUCCGUUCUUAGACGAAAGUUGUGACGUCAAAGUCGAUGAUAAUUACGUAACGCCAUUGUAUAAGCAUCUUAUUAAUAUAGAACAUCAAACAAUGGCUAUUAUUGGUAUACCUUCACAAAUUAUACCUUUUCCUAUGUUUCAUAUGCAGGUACAAUAUUUCUUGAGUCUUAUAAAAAAUCGUCUUGCUUUACCUUCGAAAUCUCAAAUGCUCGAAGAUUCGAAACUAAAAGCCCCGAAGAAAAGACACGCACAUAAGAUGAUGACCGAGCAAUGGGAAUAUAAUGAUUCGUUGGCAGAUGCAGGAGGAUUCGAUCGACUUCCACCAUUUUAUAAAGUUGGUUAUCUUGCAUGGCAUUCACAGGUAAAGGCUAAUCUUUUGCGUUACAAAUAUGCUAAAUUUGUUAUAUCCGAGGAUGAGAAAAAUGUGGAACUCGUCUUAUCUAAUUGACAAUAUUAAACAAUCGUAAAAUUACGUAUUUUAUAUAUAUAUAUAUAUAUAUAUAUAUAUAUAUAUAUAUAUAUAU